AUGGCCCCCCGCGCUCUUCUCGCCUCCAGGAAGGUCCUGGACAUGAAUACCCCGGAGUUGGGCGUUCUAUACGCCAUCAAUCCCGUGACCGGGGGACUUGUAUCCCCCUGGGGCACCGUCCCCUUCGACGAUGGCGACGAUGAUGACAGUCCCAAGGCCGAAGGCUACAUCGUCGCCGGCACCAUCGUGGCCGCCUGCCUGGCCGUCUGUCUCUUCGUGGGAGCCUUGGUGGCCGUCUUCUGCUGCCUCAGAAGGCGGCGACGCAUCAGGAGAGAGGCAGUUCGCAACCGCCCUCCCACACCCAUCGCCAGGGGCAGGGCCAGCUCCGACGACGAGGAGACGGCGGAGCCUCCCAUCCCACUCGCCACUCUUCCCGCCGCCAAGAUUGCCGGGAAACGCCCUCCCGCGAACACUGCGGCACACAGACCUGGGUUUUUCUCGGGCAUGGAAGUCGCCCGGCCGUUGCAGGUGCCUUUCCUGGACACUGUCGUUGAGGCGACGAGCAGCGAGGAACGCGUUUCCCAGGGAGGAGGUGAGGGCUCUGGGGAGGAAGCGGACGCUGCAGCUCCAUCUCGAAGCCAUGGAUCUAGUCGUUGCCUGAGUGCGUGCGUAACUCUGCUCGUCUGUGCUGGUGUCUGCCCCGUAGCCACCAUGUUACGUGAGGCUGUCGUCCAUGUAACUGCGUUUCAUCUAUCGGAACGUCGCUGUCGGCUCGUCGGCGGUCUCUCGCGCUCUCCUGUGCGACGCAACGAUGGCCCGGGGGCCGACGACCCGAAGCUGAGCGGCCGACAGCCGAGAGUGGAGGGCUGCGAGAUGAGGCUAAUGUACGCCGAGAUGCACGUCGGCAGUGGACGGGUACCUACCUACUGA